AUAAAGAAAAAAGGCUUGAUAAAAAUGGUAAAGCCAAAUUAAAAGAUUUGGAAGAUAAACUUGCCAAAAUAUUGGAUACAAAAAAGGCACAUGGCGUCAGCUUACAUAGGGAUAAACCAAAAGAUCAUAUUCCAGUAUAUUUCCAUCCAACAUUAAAUCCCACUGGAGCGUUACCGCCUGGUCUUAUCAAUGCACAAGAUGGAGAAAGUUCGGCAAAUGAAGACAGUGACAAUGGAUAUUCAGAUGAGGAUAGAGCAUCUGAGGGGUCUGAAAAGCGAAAUAAACAAGACUCUGAAGAAGAUAUUCCACUUCCUCCUGGUAAACCUCCAUCAAACGAAUCAGAUAAUGAAUUACCAGAAUUACCACCUGGAACACCUCCAAAACAUGAAGAAUCAGAUGAUGAUUUACCAGCAUUGCCACCCGGGCCGCCGCCUUCAUUACAAAAUAAUGAUAAUAGUACACAGUCUUUGGGUGUAUCGAGAUCACCACCAUUCGGAUUUAGAUCUCCGAGUAUGCCUACAGGACCACAAUAUCCACCACCGCAAAGUACUUUUAUGAUGUUUAAUAAUCCACCUGGGUCAUCAAAUAAUCUAAGACCUAAUAUCAGACCACCGCCACCACCAGUGUUUCCGUCCGGAACUGGUAAUAUAUUUUCCCGGCCACCGCCAAUUCACAUGAUGCAAGGGCAAGGAUCACAGCUAAGACCAAUGGAAUCUCGACCACCACCUUUUAGCUCACAAGUUUCACAUUAUGGACCACCGCCACCAGUACAAGGAGUAAAUAAAGUGACGAGAGAUCAUAUGAAAAGUAGUUACAACAUUGAUCCAUUAGAACUAGCAUAUGGCUCGUCUCAAAGAGCGUUUCCACAAACUAUCGUUACAGAUAAGAGCCAAGUAAUGAACGUACAAUCGCUUAAAUCUAACACAACGGCUACACCGGUUAUUCAAGCAGAGCCUCAAGUUCGUAAUCUUCAAAAAGAGUUAACUACACUUGUUCCAGCGGCACUACUAAGAAAGAAAGCAGAUGCACGUAAGCCAAAAGUAGCACGGCCAGUCGUAAAUGCAGCACCCAAUAUCGAUGAUGGUAUAGGAACAACCACAUCAUCGGUAAAAAGAAGCGCAUCAAUAGCAAUUCCAUUACUACAACAACAAACAGAAUAUGAAGCUCAAGCAUCAGAACAAAAACAAACAGUAGCAAGUGUACCAUCACCAGCUAAGAAAGCAAAGACUAAAAAGAAAGUUGACGAAUAUGACAAAUUCAUGGCAGAGAUGCAAGAUUUGUUAUAA